AUCAUGGUCGGAAGUUCGUUCGUUAAUACAUAUUUGAAUUUCGUGGCAGAUGCAAAAUUUUUAAUGUGAGAUUUUUCAAUCAAUGUCAUCUUCAGUUCUGAGUGCAAUUAUUGGUUGGCAGAGGACCAAUUUUCUUCAGGUCUCUGAAGCACCCCCGUUGUAAGCAGCCAUAAACAAUAAACAAAGAUACCAACUUCACCAGUAUCAUAGAAGAAAGACAGGAUGCACAAAGCUCAAGAUUCUCUGAAAAUACCUCCAGUUACCAAUGUAACAAAUGAAGACAUCAAACAAGUUUUCGAUCUGCUAGCACAAGGAGAGGUUAAACUGAAUGCUGAACUCAAACUAGAAAACGUAACUCUAGUGUUGGGUAAUACAGGAAGUGGAAAAAGUACACUAACUCAAAGAAUUGCCGGAUAUGACAAUCAACUAGUCUCAGUCGAAGAGGGACUUGACUUCACCAUUAGCAAACUUAACAACAAUACUCACACCUCCUAUGUUACAUCUGCAACAAUAUUUCCAGAAUUGGUAGUGGACAACAGUACAGGUGCUGGGUAUUAUGACUUUCCCGGAUUUUUGGAUACCAGAGGAAUGGCACAUGAUGUAGUCACGUCGUACUUCAUUAAAAGAGUUAUCGACAACGUUAAACGUGUAAAAAUACUCUUCUUGGUAAGUUAUCCAUCGCUGACUAACAAAGGGACCAGGGAUGAUUUCACAAACCUCUUGAGACAUAUUACUAAAUUUAUUAAGAAUAUUGAUAAGCUUAAAGAUGGCAUAGCUCUGAUUGUAACUAAGGUUCAAUAUCCUCAAACCUCAGAUGGCCAAAUCAUUCAAAGUAUUGUUAAUACACUUGAAAAAGUUGAACAAGAGUUGAAAAAACAAGCAGAUAAUUACGAUGCAAUAAAACUCAUCGAUGUUUUGUUACUACAAGUGCAAGGUACUUAUCCAAAAAUUAGUAUUUCAAGGUCGCCGAAUCAGACAGGUCUCUUGAGUACAAUUCCCUUGGUGCGAGAAAACAAGCAAACAAUUAAAUCUAUGAUAGAGAAACUCAGUUUUGUUGAGAAAUCCAGUUUUGAUUUUGGUUAUUUUGUACCCAACCAAUCUCUGUAUGACGUUAGUAAAGUAAUGGAUCAAAUCAAUGAAAGAAUUUUGAGAAGCACUGAAAAAAGUGAGAAUGAAAUGCAAAAAUUUUUCAUUGGUAAUGAAGGUAAAAUCAACGACCUUUUCCAGUUAUGCAUAGAAACAGACUCAAUUUAUAAUAAAUUGGUUAAUUUGAAGAAAACAGCAAAUUCACACACAGAACCCAAGAACUGUGUACAAGAGAUAGUAAAUGGCGUUGCUUUCAUGAAUAGUAAUCCAGUAAAACAGAGUUUAUCAUCUGCCAUACAAUACAGUCACUACUCUUUGUUCUUGCACACAGUGAGUAAUUACGCAACUAAUGAUUCAUUCAAAUGUGGUGAAGGAUUAAACAAUAUAAUUGAAUACUCUGAUAAGUCUAAAAAAUGGUAUAAUUACUUGAAGGAGCUCUACAACAGAUUGCUAGAAUAUGAUGUACAACAAAAUACCAGCAACAACGUGUGCACUGAUCUUGCUAAUCACAUAGCUCAACAUAAAACACACGUGAAAAGUUCAGCGUCACUUUUACCAUUUCUAGAAAAAUGUUUCCCAAAAUACAAUCACCGGUUGAACGAUAUCACAAAUGUAUUACUUGAUGAACCAAAACUGAAUACUCUGCAUAGAAUUCUCCACAUGGCAUUAAAAUAUGAUUUGCAAUAUUCCUGUGACUCCAACAAGCUGACAGUGAAGGGGAAUUAUGUUAAACUCAGUGAUAUAUUCAAGUCCAAUUGUACAUCAGCCCAUAUUAUAGAGAUCUUUGCCCUAAACAGGUUAUUCCUAGAUACUGAUCUAGACAUGACAGGCAAUGGGAUACAACUCAUUGUUAUAGCACCAACUUGGGAAAGCUGGGGUGCUAGAAAGAUCAUUCUAGAUGGUAAAGCGGCUGAAGCAAAUGAUUCCCCCAAAGCACAAAGUGGAAUAAUCCCAGAAGAAAAUGGACGCGAUGGUAAACCCGGGUUACCAGGGACAUCAGGAGGAAGUUUUGUAGGCAUAGGUGAAACUGUGAUCAAUCUCCAACAGCUUACUAUUUCUGUGAAUGGAGGUCAAGGAGGACCUGGUCAGGAUGGUGGUGAUGGUGCAUACGGAAGGAGUGGAGAAGAUGCCUACAGUGACAUUGAUGAAAGUAGAUCGUGCUCAUGUAUAUGUGAUUCUACAACAUCCAGAAAUCAUGAGAUCAUAUACAACCAACCCGUAUCAGGUGGUCGUGAAUAUAUUUUAGCUGGGAAACGAGGAAACACUGGAGGAAGUGGUGGAAAUGGCGGUGAAGGUGGGGUAGGUGGAUACCCAGGUGAUGUCACAUUUAAUUUCCUCUCAUCUUCCAAUACUACAAAAGUACAGAUAGAAAUGAAAACAGGACAUAAAGGAGCGGAUGGGAAAGGUGGCAAGGGUGGACAUGGAGGGGAAUUUGGAAGAAAUCUCCAUAUUUUUUCACCAUGCAGCAGGUUUUUCUACUCUCAUAGGUAUAAAGUGGUUCUUAGUGGCAAAGAAGCACCAGCAGGUAAAAGUGGUGCAAAUGGGAGAAAUUCUGCGCAAAUAAAAUUCCCAAAACAAACAGAAUCUAUUCCAAAGUCAGAUGCGAUAAAUCAUUAUAAAACAUAUAUCAGGGAAAAUCUGAAUGAUAGCGUGCAGGAGUCUUACUUGAGAAAAUUCCUUGAUCAUCUUGAAAACAACAAACACAUACAUAAUAAUUUCUAUAAAACUAGGGGAUAUUUAGAUGAUUUCAAAAAUUUAGAAGGCCAAUAUUAUAGGUUAAUAGAUUCUGGUUCAACAAAUGUAUUGCCUUUUUACCAAUCAUUAUUGAAUAGAGUUGAAACAUACACAUCAAACAAUAUCAACCAACCAAAUUUUAAAGACCAUAAAGCACUCCAUUACUUGAGUAUGGCAAUUUUGAGUAGAAUUUGUAACAUUGAAUAUGAUCUGGACAAUUAUCAGGUGGUGGAUAUCAAUGGAUACUUUCCUCUGGUUGAAAAGCAUAUAGAAGAGUAUAAAAAACAACUCAAUGAGAUUCAAAUAAAUACAAUGAAAAAACAAUACGAGAAUGUAAUCAAUACACAAAUAUCAAAAGCUAGUAACCUCAUAGAACAAUCUAUUACUCCAGAAAUCAACAAAAUUCGCCAGCAAAUAGAUGAUCAGAUACCAUCUUUGAUUCUGGAUGUACAAGAACAAGAAAAGCAAGCAAAAACCAACAAGAAAGUGUUAAUACAGAAGCAACUUGAGUUGGCAAAGCAAUUACCAUUGAAAGCUGUACUCAAAAUGUUGAAUGUUGCCAGUUCAUGUCUAGGAUUACUCGGUGCACAUGGUAAAUUAGCUGCUUCAGCAGUGCAACUAUUAACCAACCAGGCUGGAAAAUCAUUACAAGAAGAUGAAAAUGAAGCAACUUCAUUGAUAGAAUCUGCAAGAAAAGCCAAUGACAGAAUAACAACUAUCUACCAACAAGAACAACAUUUACUGGGUGAAAUUCUGCAAUCAGAACUGAUUGAAAAUGCAUCAAAGCAAGCAUCUGCUGAAAACGAUGAAAAGUUCAAUGAAAUCUCCACAGAAAUAAGUUCAUUUACCAGUUUACUUCAUCGCUCUGCCAUCGCAGAGAAAACCUACAAUGGGAUUAAAAGCAUAAUCAAAGACAAAUUGAGCUCAUAUCUUAAUGAAUUAGAAAUGAAAAAAGCUGAACUACCAAAUGAUACAAAGAACAAUCAAACAAUUGAAGAUAUUGAAUCAAAAAUCAUGCGGACAACCGUCAUACAAUCAGAAAUGAAAAAAACUGAACUACCAAAUGAUACAAAGAACAAUCAAACAAUCGAAGAUAUCGAAUCAAAAAUCAAAUGGACAACCCUCGUACAAUCAACCAUAAGUGUAACAGAAGUGAUCACUGAUCCACACCCUGAACUGCAAGCUAGUAAGGAAAUAGUAUCAGCCUUAGGUGACAGUGUACACCUAGUACAACAGCAAAUUAAUGUUAUAAAAGCUUAUGAAAAUGAUAUUAAAACUAUAUUCAUUCCUAGAAUCAGUAAUAACCAAGAAACAUUAUCUGAAACAUUGCAAAAUUCAUACAACAAAUCCCAUGCUGUACUUGACUAUGAUACAUGGAAAAUGCAAGGUUUUCUGAAAAAAUUCCAUGUGGAAAUGAAAACUAUCGUAGAAAUAUCAACAGACCCCUCUAUCAAGAAUACACUUAUGCGAUGCAUUGAUGAAUUGUCAGGUGAAAUGAUGGUUGCAUUUCAAAUAUUUGAUCGUAUACAAGAUUAUAAAGAUAGAGUAAAAUUUGCCAAAUAUGUUGCUGAUCUUAAUUCAGGACUAAUAAUGACUGAUUAUGGAGAAUUCAAGCAAGAUAUAGAUGACUUGGAGCUAACAAUCAAAUCAAAUUUAGUGCUGCAAGAAUAUGAGAAAGCAUUGGACACCUUCAAGCAGUAUAUUUUCCCAUUUUCCAAUAAGUAUUUGAAUCAGUUUGAUAUAUCUUCAUUCCUUAGACCAACCAACUUGACAGAUGUGAUCAGUAAAGCUGCAAAGGAGGUAUCAGUUUUGCGAGAUAUGCUUACUAAAAAGCAUACUUCAGUGACUAGUGAGAAUGAUUUAGUAUUUCAAGACUUGAGAUAUGAUAUAACAAAUAUCGACCAAAAACCAUUUUUCACAUGGAAAAAUGAAACAUACAAAGAAGAAAUUCGCAAAUUAUUACAAGGGCAGGAAAUUACAUUGAAAGCAGACAUUACAAGAGGAAUAAUACAAAAUGCUGUCAAGUUUAAAGAGAUAGGGAUCAGGUUCAAAUUAGCAAAUAGAACAAUGCAAAAUCACCUAGAUCAAGAAGCAGCCAAUUUCUUGGUCAAAUUAACACAUUCUGGUGACUCCCAUUACAGAUGCAAUCAGGAGUAUUUCAUUUUCAAACAUAAUGCCAUAACUAUGCAACACUCUGUGAAUAUGGGGAAUAAUUCACAUUACCAUCAUAUGGAUAGAAAUUCAAAGCUAAUACAAGCAAAUGAACCAUUAUUCAGUCCAUAUGCAACUUGGAAAAUACAAUUGGACAAGAGGUCUCAAGGGGAAGAAGAGCAAUCAACAAAUAGUUCUAUUUUUGAUGUAUUCAGGCAGUUUUUCAAUCAAACAAUAGAUCUUGUCCUAGAAGGAUAUGGAGGACAUGUCAGCUACCCUGCAGAAGUAUGCAAUGAUGAUCUAGAGAAAUAUUACACACUAGAUGAAAUCAUAUCAGAAUCAUACUUAUACAGUGGUACCCAACCAACUUUAAAACCACGUAGAAAACGAGAGUACGUCACAAAUGGUUCUGAACACACACAUUUAGAAGACGAGCAAUAUGUGAAAAGUUCUGCAAAUGUCAUCAAGUCUCCAAUAAAUUCGGCAAUUCGCUUCAUCAGUGGAAUUUUGGGCCAUUGGAAACCAAUCCACAUACCAAAUGCAAUAAAUUACAAUUCUAUUAGGGAAAGUGUUCAAUCUUUGUUUGGAGCAUUGGCACCAUUCAAUAUCUACACAACCAAGGACUAUGACACCUAUGUAGGGAAAGCUGCCACAUUCAGUGUCUAUGAAUCCUUAACACUGAUUGAUUUCUUCGUCAGAUGGGUUACAAAAGUAAAACCCUAUGACAAUACGAUUGAUGGGUCUGUGAAUUCCUCUGAGAUUACAGCUUCAGUACUCAAUAUUAUAGCAAAACUAGAUGAAAUAUUGAGUGAUUUAUCCAUUCAAUGCAAUUUGCAAACUGAAUUGUUGGAGUAUGAUCCCAUUCUUCUGAUGUCUAGAUUAGAAAAAGAAGUUAUCAAUGGUAAUAACGAGAAAAUAAGGGAAAUCAUAUUUAACACUAUUAUGGAUAGUUUUCAUUAUCCAAACAAUGCUCAGUUUUGUCAUCUUACUGCACACAAAAUUAACGAGGUAGGUACUUGAAGGAUAAUCUUAAUGGUUCAAGAAUGAUAUAUACGAGGGGAGGGGGAUGCAGAAAAAAUGACAGUAUUUUUACUUUAAAUUACACUGCAUUGAAAUUUUUGUCAUUACUAAUUCAUUAUACAUAAGAUUUGAAAGCAAUCAAGUAACCAUACAUGUAGUUCCAAAUAAAUCCCUAACUAACACUUUUUCUAUAAUUUUACAAUAGGUACCUAACCAACUACCUACUCUACUAUUAUAAUCAAUCUAAUAUUGUAAGCAAUAAAAUGUACUAAUUACAAUUGUUUGUUUUUAGUUGAGUAAUAAUUUUCAUGUUUAAUAAACAAAGCACACCAAUAAUAUUUUGAAGAA